UCUUUUGCAUAAAAUUUUUCCCGGGAAAAAUUCUCUUUUCUCGGUAACCAAACACGCUUCCAUGCUCCAAUGGACAGUCUAAUUUCCACAGCUCUGGAGGAAAUCUGUUCACGUGGCGCAACCGGUCUCUCAGUCUCCUCUCUCUGGUCCACUUUAACUCCAACACCUACAAACUCUCUCAAAAUCGCUAUCUGGAAAAACCUCCUCUCAAUUCCUUCUCUUCAAUUCAUCUCCAAAAACGACACGCCGUUUACCUCCACCGAUCCUAAAAUCCAGCGUUUUGAAGACGCCGAGAAACUGAACUUAAAAAUCGUAGCAAAUAAUCAUCUUAGGGAUUGUUUCGUUGGCCUUUAUGACGCUCCUUCUACCGGUAUUUGUCCUCUUCAACGUCGCACUCUGGAACGACUCGCCAUAUCUAGAACUAUCGGAGUUACACAAAACCAAUUAGCGAAAGAGUUUGGAAUUGAAGGAAACAAUUACUUUUAUAGAGUGAGGAAUCUUGAAUGUAGAAAAUUAAUUGUUAGACAACCGGCAGUUGUAAAAACUAAAGAAGCUGCUGUUGAUUGUGAAGGAGGAGAGAGUAAAAAUAGUUCUAUUGUUAGUACUAAUUUGAUAUAUUUGUCUCGAUACGCGAAGCAUUUAGGUGUGCAACAAAGAUUUGAGAUUAAUAAAGGGGAUAUAGAUGAUACUCAUGGUUUUGAAGAUGAUGUUGCCAUCAAGGAUUUUUUACCUGCUAUGAAAGCUAUUUCUGAUAAACUUCAAGAAGCUAAUGAUAAGGUGCUUAUUGUAUCUGAUAUUAAACAAUCUCUUGGUUAUACUGGAAGAUCAGGGCAUAGAGCUUGGAGAAAUAUAUGCCGUAGGUUGAAAGAUGCUGGCAUUGUUGAAUCAUUUGAUGCUAAAGUAAAUGGAAAGGUUGAACAUUGCCUACGCUUGUUGAAAAAGUUUUCUCUUGAUAAUUUUGAGAAAAAAAUCCUUGGAUGCAGAAAUGAUUGUCCCAACAAACAAUCAGUGAAGUUCGGAAGGAGGUCUCAACAAACUGAGCAGCUUGUAGAACUUCCUAUUGACCAUCAAAUUUAUGAUAUGAUUGAUGCUAAAAGAACUGAAGGGGCUACUAUGAUUGAGGUAUGUGGGAGGCUUGGACUUGAUAGGAAAAGAAAUGACUCUCGGUUGCAUAAUUUGUUCUCUAGAUUUGGUAUGCACGUGCAGGCAGAAAAUCAUAAAAAAACUGUUGCAUUUCGAGUUUGGACUCCUGAAAAUUCUACUCCCAAGGAGUCAAAUGCAUUUUUGGAUAAAUCGAAAAGUGUCCUUGGUGGAAAUGAUCAUACUUUGAUUGUGGGCAACUGUGAUGUUCCAGACGGAUCUACUGAAGCCCUUGUGGAGUACAAUCAUUCAGCUGUUGAAAUUGACUUUGCGACAUCUAAAAAACCAAAUGACAACAAGGAAAUUGAAGCUGAACCAUGCAAUGGCUCCCCUGAUAAUGAUCAAACUAACCAUGAGCUUCUCAGUCCUGAAAAGGUGCCGGAGUUUUUCAUUGAGCCAGACGAUGCCACUUCCAAUGCCAAAAUUGGUCGUGUGAGUGCAGGAAGAGAUACUGAUCCUGCUUCUUCAGAAACCACUUUAUUGAAGCUGCCUGAUUCUGGAUCAUAUCAAGCGUAUCCAUAUCUGCCGUUAACUGUUGAUGGUGCUUUGAGGGAGCAGAGGAUAGUUGAACGGUUACAGGAUGAGAAAUUUCUAUUAAGAGUAGAACUUCAUAAGUGGCUUGUAAGUCUUGAGAAGGACAAGCACACUUCAAUGGACAGGAAGACCAUUGACCGAUUAUUAUCAAAGCUUCAGCAAGAAGGCCGUUGCAAAUGUGUCGAAAUAAAUCUCCCUGCUGUUACAAACUGUACUAGUCAUCGUCCUAUUAUGGUUGUUCUGCACCCAUCUGUUCAGAGUUUUCCUCCUGAACUACUGGGUGAAAUUCAUGAUAGACUAAGGUCGUUUGAGAAAGAAAUUCGUGUUCAGGCAUCGUCCAAGUUGAAGGUUAAUGAUGCAAUCCCUGUAUUGAGUGGUCUCACGAGAACUCACCCUCGUAGAAAUGCAGAAGAACAAGCUGUUAAAGCAGAAGCUAUGCGUGCCAAUGGUUUUGUGUGGGCAAAAAUGGUUCGUGCGAAACUGCUUCAUAAUUUUUUAUGGAGUUUCCUGAGUAGUCUUCCUGGAGGGGAUGAUGUCUUAUCAGCUGGCCCAUGUGAGUGUACUCAGAAGUACUUUGUACUUGAAUCAGCCAUUAAGGUUCUUCCGGUUGAGUUGUUCUUAAAGGUGGUAGGAACUACUCAUAAAUUUGAUAAAUUCGUUGAAAGUAGCAAGAGAGGUUUGCUUCUCUCUGAUCUUCCUGUUGAAGAAUAUAAAUUGCUGAUGGAUACUCGGGCAACUGGGAGACUGUCGUUGAUAAUUGAUAUUUUACGGCGGCUGAAGCUGAUUCGGCUGAUACGCAAUGGGCAAUCAGGGAAUGGAGUAAAAAUCCAUCAUGAAAGCAUUAUGUAUGCAAUGGAGCUUAGACCUUACAUAGAAGAACCCUUGUUAGUGGUUGCAACAUCUAAUUUAAGUUCGCUUGAUCUUCGCCCAAGAAUCAGACAUGAUUUUAUUCUAUCAAAUAGAGAAGCUGUGGAUGAUUAUUGGAAAACUUUGGAGUAUUGUUAUGCUGCUGUUGAUCCACGAGCUGCCUUACAUGCAUUCCCUGGAUCUUCUGUACCUGAGGUUUUCCACCCCCUUUUUUGGACCUCUGUCCGGUUUACGUCUGCACAUCAGCGUGCUGAGCUCCUAAAGUGGAUUGUGAAGGAUGAUUUGAAAAAAAGAAUUUCGUGUGAAGAGUGUGAGAAAAUUGCAAGGGAUCUGAAUCUGUCCUUACAGCAGGUACUCCGUGCCUAUUAUGGUAAGCACCGGCAACGUCUCAAUAUAUUUCAGGGUGUUGUGAGUGCCAAUGAGCAUCAUCAAGCAUCAAAAAGAAGCAAACUCCCUUCUUCUACCAAAAGAAAGAGAUCAAGAGAAUCAAGCUCAGUAAAACGUGGAAGGCUUGAUGCCGUAAACAAACAGCUACCUGAGCAGGGACUUAUAAGAUCAGCAGAUACCACUGACCAAUUCAUAGAGGAACGACCAAUUCAUAGAGGACAACAUGCUGAUCAUUUGCUAGCAUAUUGUGAGAAUGAUCAUCUAGAUUCUGUUGAAGAGCUGGGGUCAGAUCCAAAUAAUAAACAACAGUUCAUAAUCAGCCAGAAUGCAUGUUCAGAUCCCCUGCCAAAUCGACAAAGAAGGUUUUCAUGGACAGAUUCAGAUGAUAGGCAAUUGUUGAUCCAAUACACUAGACACCGUGCAGUUCUUGGGUCAAAGAUUAACCGCAUAGAUUGGAAUAAAGUUCCAGACCUACCAGCUCCUCCAAAAGCAUGUGCUAAGAGAGUAUCAUCAUUAAAAAGAAAUAUACAAUUUAGAAAAGCUCUUAUGAACUUGUGUACCAUGCUUAGUAAACGUUAUGCAAAGCACCUCCAGAAAACCCAGAGCACAUAUCUUAACAAUAGUGGAUCCCAAGUUCUUGUUCGAUGCUCAACUACUGUUGAUAGCUUCUCCAAUGAUAUUGAAAAUGCUGAAGGGGCAGGUUUUGAGGAAGAGCAGUGGGAUGAUUUCAGUGACAAAAAUAUUAAGCAGGCCUUUGAAGGUGUUCUUUUGUACAAGCAAAUUGCUAAAAUGCAAGCUUCAAAAGGAUUUGGAACUGCCUCCGAAGAGUUGUCCAAUUUAAACACAAAUAUGAACUCUCUGGAAUCUGAAUUGAUUUUAUCAAACAAUCUUAAUGAGGAUAUCCACAAAGAUAGCCAGGGAAUACAUAAGGAUCCUGCCCAAAGAUCAAGACGUCAUCGCCUCCAUCAGAAGUUCAUUAAGUGUUUGAAGGGAGGAACUUUUGUUGGUGCACAAGUACAUAAAUCAUUGGCAGUUUCUAAUGCAGUAGAGCUUUUAAAGCUCGUCUUCUUGAGCACCUCAGCAACACCAGAACUGCAAAAUCAUCUAGCAGAAACUUUACGGCGUUAUUCAGAACACGAUAUUUUUGCAGCUUUUAGCUAUCUUAGAGAGAAGAAAGUAAUGAUUGGCGGUGAUGGUGAUCAACCUUUUGAGCUGUCUCAACAAUUCUUGCAAAAUAUUUCUAAAUCUUUAUUUCCAUCUAAUACUGGAAAGAGAGCUGCUAAAUUUUCUGGUUGGCUCUUUGAAAGAGAAAAGGAUCUGGUGGAAGGGGGUAUUAAUCUUACUGCAGAUUUGCAGUGUGGGGAGAUUUUUCAGUUGUUUGCUCUAGUCUCUUCUGGUCAACUGUCCAUUUCUCCAUGUGUGCCAGAUGAAGGUGUGGGAGAAGCUGAAGAUGUGAGAGGCUCUAAACGAAAGGCUGAGGAUUUCGAACUUUGUGAUGGUGAUAAAUCUAAGAAAUUGAAAUCUUUGGCAGAUAGUGAACUCAUUUCUCGGAGGGAAAAGGGCUUUCCUGGUAUAACGGUACUUCUGAACCGUGCAAGUAUUUUGACAGUUGAUGCUGUAGAUAUGUUCAAGGAUGUGCUCACUUGUAAUGGCGAACUUAAUCAGAGUGAUAAACUCAAUGAUGAUUUGAGCCAGACAUUCAACUCUACUUCAUUUCAACAUGGCAGUGCUCCAGAAAUCCUCAAUUUUGACUGCAUCCUUCCUGCAGCAAGAUGGUCUAGUGAGUCACCUUGGGAAGCAAUGGCAGGCUUUGCAGAAUAUUUGAUGUUGAAACCUUCUGAUCCAGAAGAAACAAAUCUCUUUAGUCCUGAAGUCUUUAGGACAGUUUGCAUGGCCAUUCAGAAGGCUGGUGACCAAGGUUUGAGUUCAGAUGAAGUUUCGCAAAUUGCGGGAGAAAAUAGACACAACCAUAUCAUUGAUGUGCUUCAAGCAUUUGGAUGUGUGUUGAAGGUCAAUGCGUAUGACUCUGUUCAUGUUGUCGAUGCUUUAUAUCACUCCAAAUACUUUUUGACCUCAUUGGCAAGCGUCCAAGACCUUGAUCCACAUUCAGUGCAGAAGUCCUCAGAGAGAAAUAAAGGUUCAGUUUCCUGGUCAGAAAGUCAUGAUGUUGUUGGCACUAGUUCACGGAGAGAAGCAAUUGUGAGUGAUAACUGUGUGCACAAAGUUACUAUCCUUAAUCUUCCUGAUGAGGAUGGGCCCUUGACUGAAACACAAUGGACCAAUGUGCAUGGAGGCAGCUUGCAAGAGAAUGUUUUACCAAAACAAAAUAAUGACAUUAUUACUCAAAAAUUAUCCUCAAAUGAAUUACAUAUGCCCAUUUUGCCAUGGAUCAAUGGAGAUGGGAGCAUGAACAAAGUUGUCUACAAUGGACUUGUACGCCGUGUUCUUGGCAUUGUGAUGAGAAAUCCGGGCUUACUAGAGGAAAAUAUCAUCCACCAAAUUGAUGUGUUGAAUCCCCAGAGCUGCAAGAGUCUGUUAGAGUUGAUGAUUUUGGAUAAACACGUCAUUGUGAGAAAGAUGCAUCAGACUACAUCAAGUGGGCCCCCCGCCUUGCUGCAAACUCUUCUUGGGAGCAGCAUCAGAGAAUCAAAGUCAGUAUACCGUAAGCAUUUCUUUGCAAAUCCCAUGAGUGCAUCGAUGCUGUAGGAGAGUUGUAGCCUUCUUCAUGCAUCGGUUUUUCUUUGGACGAACCAAGUUUUAUUUAUAACGUUGAUGAUGCUGCUAAAUACAGGUUUCAUUGGCUAGGGUCUGUAACUUUAGGGUCACUAGGAGUUGAAAACAUAUGUACGAUACAGCUCUGCAUUUCUAGCAUUCAUAGUUGGUUGUAUCUAUUUGCAGCAAAAUACUCGAAAUGUACAGUCCAACAUUUUUGCCUAAUGAUAUACAUAUACAUGGCCAGAGAAUAUUAUCCUGCA